AUGGCGUGCCAGGAAGGUGCGGAAGAUCAUCUGGCGUCAUCGGCGCCCGCCGACGACUUCGAGUUCUGCAUACUCUCGUCCGGCGGGCUCGCGCCGGCCGGGGACGACGCGGCGGCCGACAUGUGCGUCGCCGACGAGGUCUUCUCCGGCGGCAAGCUCCUCCCGCUCCGCCUCUCCUCGGCGGACGCGGCGUCCGCAGCACUGCUGCUGCUGCGCUCGGACUCGCUGGACGGCGCCGCGACGUCGACGGCCACCAGCAGCAGCGGCUACAGCUCCCGCUCCGUCAGCCGCAGCAGCAGCAGCUGCGUCAGCCGGAGCACGUCGUCCAACAGCGCGUCGUCCUCGGACAACGCCGGCCCCGGCGGCAGCUCGUCGUCCAGCAAGCAGAGCGCGUCCUCCUCCGCCGACGCCGCCGUCCCGCCGCGGCGCUCGCUGUCGGGCAGCGUGUUCUACGCGCACCCGAGCCCGUCGCCGCGCCCGCCUCCGCGCGGCCGGAGCCGGACAUCCGCGCCCGCGGCGGCAGCGCGCCGCAGCACCGGGUCCGCGCCGCCGGCGUCGUGGGGCGUCAUUCGCCUCGGCGUCGUCGGCGCUCCCGAGGUGUUGUACGCGCCGCGCCCGGCCGAGUACAGGAAACCGGCCGCGCCGAGGAGCGGGAACCGGAGCGCGAGGUUCGAGUCGGCGCCCGCGGACAAGAAGCUUGCGCUGGGGUUGCUGGGAGCCGGCCUGGUGUGCUCGUGCUCCCCUGACGCCGUCGCGCCGGUGGGCUCGGCGGAGGUGGCGGCGGCGGAGGCGAGGCGGAGGAGGAAGAAAGCGGAAGAGAAGAAGAGAGCGGCGUCGGCGACGGCGACGCAGAGUGGAAAGGGCACUGCUCGGAGCAGCAGGAUUCUCGAGUGGCUGGAGGACCUCUCCAUUUCCAAGGAGAAGAGCGCCGCGCCGCGUCGUCGUGUGGAUAGACAGAGAUCGUCGAGCUCCUGA